GUUUACAAGAAAAGUUGAAGUUGGUGGAUAUAAUCAUCAUCAUAUAUAUAAAGGUGGGUAGAAGUGCAAAUUUUUUGGCAAACACUUUUUUUUGUGUGUGUAACUUGUGUUUAGUAAUAAUAAUAAGGAUGGGAAGACAACCUUGUUGUGACAAACUUGGAGUGAAAAAAGGUCCAUGGACAGCUGAGGAAGACAAAAAACUCAUCAAUUUUAUUCUUACAAAUGGACAAUGUUGUUGGCGUGCUGUUCCUAAACUUGCUGGUCUUAGGCGUUGUGGUAAGAGUUGUCGUUUAAGAUGGACUAAUUAUCUUCGACCAGACUUGAAAAGAGGACUUCUUAGUGAAGCUGAGGAGAAAUUGGUCAUUGAUCUCCAUGCUCGUCUCGGGAAUAGAUGGUCCAAGAUUGCUGCAAGAUUACCAGGAAGGACUGAUAAUGAGAUAAAAAAUCACUGGAACACGCAUAUUAAGAAAAAGCUUCUCAAAAUGGGGAUUGAUCCUGUCACACAUGAACCACUCAACAAAGCAGAAAAUCCAGCUGAUCAAAAUAAAAAUAAUGAUCAUCAGCUGGUAGUGGUUGUACCGGAGAGUACAAGCGUUACUGCAGCAGCCAUUUCUUCAGAAUUAGAAAAUUCAUCUACCUCAUCUUCUUCUGCUUCUUCGUCUGAAAACUCUUGUAAUGAAUCAAAGCUUGUUCUUGACACGUUUAACGAAAAUGAUCCACUCCUGAACAACCUACUGGAAUCUGACGAUACUCCUCCUCUUAUCGACUCAUCUUGGGAACUCCCAAUAAAAAGUUUUGAUAACAUCAUCAACAACAACAACAACCAUAUGACAUCAUCGUGGGACGACGAAAGUUUCAAUUGGCUAUUGGAUUGUCAAGACUUUGGGAUCCAUGACUUUGGUUUUGAUAAUUGCUUCAACAAUGAUGUUGAAUUGGAGGUCUUUAACACUAAGUAUGACAUGGAGAACAAAAAAUGAUUAUCAAAAUUAGUCAUGAAUGGGACAUUAUAACCAAAGAAAAUUAAAUUUAGUAUUUUUCACAAUUA